AUGGAGGAUCACCUCGGUGCAAAGCAAAGGCCCUUUGGGCUAACACAACAAUUCCUGUUGCCAGUUGUAGUUGAUGGACAGGGAAGAGCAGCGGCUGUGAGCAGACACUGCAUAGUGGAAGCAUCGGGAACAAGAAGGACCGCAAGCCGUGUUUUACUUCUGUCGCGCCUUUUCUUACUUCUGCUUCCGCUGGCACGCACACACUGCUCUCCAUUGCUGCAUCAACGGGGCGACGUUGUGGCCCUAAGGAAGCCGUACCCUUGCAGAGGUUUGCAAAGCCUUGGAUGGCUGAAAAGGGAUCUUUUUCCAGGCGCGAGUAAAGCAACUUUUCUAAGCCCGUUGACGGCUAGCAUGCCCCCAGAAGUAGGUACUGCUACAACGCCGGCAGCAUCGACAAGCGUUUGCCGACUGCCGGCAUUAUCGGCGGGAGGUGGCAUGCGUGCAUCUGCUUUGCUGUCUGAUGAGGCAGAUGAAACAAGAGCCUUUAACCACACUACUGGUGCAUCGCCACGGCGCUGCCAUCGAAUAUGUCUUCUGGGUCGGCCUAACGUGGGGAAAAGCGCCCUGUUUAAUCGCAUUUGUUUUGGGGACCUUACAGGAGGCUUUCGGGGGGGUGCCCUAGUAAGCUCAGCCGCUGGCACGACCCGAGAUUGUCUGUUGUCUUUGAUUGAGUGGAGAGGAACGGAAUUUGAGGUGGCAGAUACGGGAGGAAUUGUGAUGGAAGAUGCAUCAUUGGGGCCGUUUGCUGCCGAGCUCAGGGAUCAAGUCUCCUUCGCCAUACAGCAAGCGACCUGCGUAAUUCUAGUGGUGGACGGAAGGGCCGGAGUGCAGGAAGACGAUGAGUAUUUGGCGGAAUUGUCAAGACACCUGAAGGCGCCCGUUGUCCUCUGUGUAAACAAAUGCGAGAACCCCAAGACCGCUGUAGCCGAGGCGCAGGCCUUCUGGAGACUUGGCCUGGGGGUGCCAAUGCCAUGCAGCGCAGCAACUGGCUCCGGUGUGAGUGAGCUUCUAGACAGGUGCGUGGAGGCGGUGAAAUGCCAUGAGAACGCUCCCAGCCGCACAUCUCUUCGCCCAAGUGAAGGCAGCCUCCAGGAUGGCUUGAGAGACCAUGUACGAGUCGCCCUUAUCGGGAGGCCUAAUGCGGGCAAGUCCCGUCUGCUAAAUCGCCUCGUCAAUUAUCAGCGCAGUAUUGUGAGCCCUAUCCCUGGCACCACUCGCGACGCGGUUGACGAAUUUGUCUCUCGUGGGAACCGACUUUACUGCGUGGUAGACACUGCCGGUAUCCGGCGGGCGAGCGGGAUCCGGAAAACUGUGAAUAUUGAUGCACAUAUGGUUGCCCGCGCAAAAACUGCGGCCCAGCGGGCGGAUGUCUGCUUGUUGGUUGUGGACGCUCUGGCGGGGUUGACACACCAAGACGUAAAUCUUGCAAAAAUGUUGGAAGCCUUUGGUCGUGGUGUUGUUGUAGUUCUCAAUAAGUGGGAUGUUGCACUUCAGACAAAUGACUUUAAACACAAUGAGGCUGUCGAAUAUGUGCGCAAGGUGCUCUUCCCCCUCUACUGGUCAGAGGUCUUAUUCGUUUCAGCGGAGACAGGGGAAGGCGUCGCCAAGAUUUGGACGGCCGUUGAUGCUGCAGUGAAUCAGCCGCCUACAAUUGUGGUAUUCUGCAAUAAAUCGGAGUUCUUCAGUGAAGCUUACAAACGGUAUAUUGAUUAUUCUGUGAGAGGCGCGUUUUCUAUGCACUCAACUCCAAUCCGCUCUCUUUUUGCGGAGUGCUGA